AUGGCCAUGCAACAAUUGUACGGCGACUGGGAUGAGUCAUACAAUGAACUUCAGAGUUGGAUUUCAGCAAUGGUAGAGUAUGUCCCAGGAACUGUUGUGGACUUGCAAACGUUGCCUUAUAGAGGCCCUAAUGGAAAAUUAAAACUGGGAAAAAGAGUGUUUCGUCGACUGUUCUGGACUUUCGAUCUAUGUGUUAGGGCCUUCUCCCACUGCAAAGCGGUAGUGCAAGUUGAUGGAACAUGGCUUUAUGGAAAAUACACGCAGAUACUUCUGAUUGCGAUUGCACAAGACGGUAAUGGAAAUGUACUACCAAUCGCUUUUGCCAUCGUAGAGUCGGAGAACUCUGAAUCAUGGGCAUAUUUCAUUCGAAACUUACAGAGACAUGUUGUCAGGCAAGACAACAUUUGCAUUAUAUCUGACAGAUCGAAGGGUCUUGUUACUGCAAUUCGACAAUCGGAGGUUCCGUGGAGGUCUGUCUAUUGUAUUCGUCACAUCAUUGUGAACUUCCACAAUGAGUAUAAGAACAAAGACUGGCGCAAACGAAUUGUCAACAUGGGGUACGAGCUGGAACCACACCGAUUUAGACAUAAGUUGGCGAGGUUAGAGACUGAUAUGGCGGGCUGCAAACCUUCUCUUACACAGUGGUCGAGUAGCAUGGAGCCGUGGCAAUGGGCUCAAUGUUUUGAUGAGGGGUACCGUUAUGGCCAUAUGACAACUAACCUUGUUAAGGCCGUUAACUCCGUUUUAAGGCGUACGCGUCACUUGCCAAUUUCAGCUGUUUUUUCAGCCACAUUUUACAGGUUAGCAACCUUAAUGCCAAAAAUGAGGUUGAAACAAGCAAAACAGUUAGAGGCAGGACACGUGUACGUCGAAAAAAUCAGAGAUGCCAUGAAAGAUAACACUCAAAGGUUGAUGAAUGUAGAACUAUAUUCUCAAAAUUUGGAAACUUUUCGAGUGACAGAGUAUAUCAGUCGUCGGUCAGGGAUCCCACCACGGUCCUAUGGAGUUGAUCUCCGAAACAGGCGGUGUGAGUGCAGGAUGUUCCAAGCACUACGAUACCCGUGUGCACAUGUGGUUGCAGCUUGUGCUACCUAUAGUUUGAAUGUCAAACAAUAUAUCGAUGAUGUAUACACAUUUGAACGUACGUUGCGUAUUUGGGGUAACGAGUUUCCUGUAUUAAAGGAUAUAUCGACAUGGGAAGUGCAAUCGCCUGUAUUCGAGAUAUUGCCUGAUCGGUCACUACGUAGGAGAGUCAAAGGUAGACCGACAAUAACGAGGAUUCGAAACGACAUGGAUGUAAGAGAACAAGUAGAUCCAAAGCGUUGCACCAUAUGUAGAACAGUUGGCCACAAUCGGAGCAAAUGUCCCAAUGGAAAUGUCUACACUGGCCAAUCUUCACGGUCUGAAAAAAAUUAA